AUGGAGGAAGAACAGCGAGAUAUGAAAGCACACAAAGCAUACUACGACAUGCUUGAUUUCGUUGCAAAUGCGCAACAGGGGAUUCCCAAACUGUGCCCAUGUGGAUCAAUCACGAAGGAAUUCGUAGAUGAAGAGGAUACAUAUGACUACCUCCCCGGGAAAAUAUACUUCAUCUGCAAAUACUACCAGGUCCAAUGUCCUGAAGAGUCUAGUGUCAAAGAAAGGAGAAAGUGGUCUGUCAAGGAGGAUAUAAUCCUCAUUGGUGUUUGGCUCAACACCAGCAAAGAUUCAAUAGUGAGUAAUGAACAAAAAGGUGGUGCCUUCUGGAAGAAGAUUGUAGAGUACUACAACUCCAGUCCUCUCCUGGUUGGGACAGUGCCAAGAGAACUAAGGCAAUGUAAGCAACGAUGGGCUAGGAUCAAUGAUUUGAGGAAGCUUAGGCAUGAUGUAAAAUGGUGCUCCACCUAUUUGGAGAAGGACAAGGAUAAGCGCAAACCAGUGGAUUCUCCUGUGCCAGAGCCAAAAGAGAGACCAAUAGGGGUUAAGGCUGCUAAGGCUGCGGGCAAGAGGAAGAAAACUGGUAAAGAAGAAGAAUUGGCAAACCUAGAAGGACUGUUGGAGAUGAAAAAGCAAAUCUCAAAGCAAAGUUUGCUAGAAAGUGUGCUUGCAAAGCCCGAGCCACUCUCUGAGAUGGAAUUAGCUCUCAAAAUGAAACUUUUGUCUGAAAUGUUGUCAUGA